ACGGGUUGAGACUGAAUGCUGUUUGUUGCCUUAACCUCCAUUUGGUUGCUUAAGAACUGGGGUGGUGCCAUCCAGUUCUUUGGCACAAAGCGGCAUCAUGACAAGUGGCUUACAGACACUGAAAAUUAUGUGAUCAAGGGUUGCUUUGCGAUGUCUGAAUUGGGGCAUGGGAGUAAUGUUCGAGGAAUUGAAACAGUCACCACUUAUGAUUCUAACACUGGAGAGUUUGUCAUUAACACUCCCUGUGAAUCCGCUCAGAAGUAUUGGAUCGGGGGGGCAGCUAAACAUGCGACGCACACAAUAGUCUUUUCUCAGCUCAAUAUAAAUGGGAAGAAUCAAGGAGUUCAUGCAUUUAUAGCCCAGAUUAGGGAUGCAGAUGGAAAUGUCUGUCCAAACAUUCGAAUAGCAGAUUGCGGUCAUAAAAUUGGUUUAAAUGGUGUUGACAACGGUCGAAUCUGGUUUGACAAUGUACGAAUCCCUAGAGAGAAUUUAUUGAAUUCAGUAGCUGAUGUUUCACCAGAUGGGAAAUAUUUAAGUGCAAUAGAAAACCCAGAUCAGAGAUUUGCAGCAUUCUUGGCCCCUUUGACAUCAGGCCGUGUGAAUAUUGCACUUGCUGCAAUUUAUUCGUCAAAGAUCAGCUUAGCGAUUGCCAUAAGGUACUCAUUGACAAGGCGGGCCUUCUCUGUCACACCAAAUGGGCCUGAAGUCCUUUUGCUUGAUUACCCAAGUCAUCAACGUCGACUGUUGCCUCUGCUUGCGAAGACAUAUGCGAUGAGUUUUGCUGGAAAUGACUUGAAAAAGAUAUAUGUGAAGAGAACGCCGGAGUUUAAUAAAAUUGUCCAUGUCAUUUCAAGUGCAUACAAGGCAACUUUCACUUGGCACAAUAUGAGAACUCUUCAGGAAUGUCGUGAAGCCUGUGGAGGACAAGGUCUGAAGACUGAAAAUCGUAUCGGUCAUAUGAAAAGUGAAUAUGAUGUGCAGUCCACUUUUGAGGGUGACAACAAUGUUCUGAUGCAGCAGGUCAGCAAGGCACUGCUUGCAGAAUACAUAGCAGCUAAGAAGAGAAACAAACCUUUUAAAGGAAUGGGGUUAGAACACAUGAAUAAUCCAUGCCCUGUCAUUCCAUCUCAGCUUACAAGUUCUACCCUUAGGUGCAGCAAAUUCCAGAAUGACGCAUUAUGCUUAAGAGAGCGGGAUUUACUGAAUCGAUUUGCUGCUGAAAUAUCACAAUACCAAGCACAGGGAGAAAGCAAAGAGUAUGCCUUCAUUUUGAGUUAUCAGCUAGCAGAAGACUUGGGUAGAGCUUUCACAGAACGUGCACUACUGCAAACCUUUAUAGAGGCUGAGGCCACUGUACCUGCUGGUUCACUGAAGGAUAUCUUAAGUCUCUUGAGAUCCAUGUAUGCCUUGAUUUGCUUGGAAGAAGAUGCUGCUUUCCUAAGAUAUGGCUACUUAUCGACAGAUCAUGCUGCGGCAGUCAGGAAAGAAGUGACAAAACUGUGUAGUGAAGUACGACCACAUGCACUUGCUGUGGUCAGUUCCUUUGGCAUCCCUGGUGCUUUUCUGAGCCCUAUAGCUUUUAACUGGAUUGAUGCAAAUGCUUGGUCUUCAGUUCAGCACUAGUUAGGGUGCAACAAUGCUCUCUCAUGUCUAGCUGAGACAAAAUGUGUACUGCUUUUGGCUAUCUGCUGCGGCAGGAAGAAAGGUUGAAUAACAUUUCUGCAUAAAAUGUAGUAAUGGAUGAGCUACCGUAUCACUAUUUAUUAAUAAAAUUGUUGUGAAAUUGUCUACA